AUGUCCGCCGCCGCCGCCGCCCCCAAGAUUAUACUGUACACGAACCACAACUGCCCUUGGGCUCACCGCGCCCACAUCGCCCUCGCCGAGCUCGGCCUGCCGUUCGAGGAGGAGAUCAUCGACCUCUCGGUGCCGCGCACGCCCGAGUACCUCCGCAUCAACCCGCGCGGCCUGGUGCCGUCCAUCUCGUACGACGGCGAGAUCGUCACCGAGUCCGCCAUCGUCGCCCAGUUCCUCGCCGACGCCCACCCGUCCCACCUCGUGCCCGUCGCGGGCUCCAAGGACGCCGCCCUGCGCCGCGCGCGCAUCGCCUUCUUCGUCGACACCUACUUCAGCAAGGCCAACUCACUGCUCUUCAAGCUGCAGCUCUCAAAGUCCGACGCCGAGGUCGCCGAGGUUGCCGCGACCUUCGUCGACAUCAUCGCCAAGGAGAUCGAGCCGUUGUUGAAGGACGCGGCGCCGUAUUUCGACGGCAGCGACAAGGUUACUUUGGCCGAGGUCCUCACCGGCUCCUUCACGCUGAGGCUCUUCUCCUUCGCCAAGCACGGCCUCGUCCCCAAAACCAUCCUGAGCUCCCUCGAGGAGAGGGCGCCGGCCUUUUACAAGUGGGCGCAGGUCGUCAACGCCACGCCCAGUGUCAACGGCAUCUACAACGAGGAGGUCGUCGUCGAAAGGACGCGGGAAAGAAUCUCCAGCAUGAAGGCCGCCCAGGCCUAA